AUGACGGAAAUGCUGGUGGGAGUAGAUGGCGUAAUAGUUUAUAUCGACGACAUCGUCGUAUCAGGACGAACCAAGGCAGAGCAUGAUAGACGGCUGAAACAAGUACUUGCUAUUCUAGAGCGCAACAAUGCUUUACUGAACAAGAGCAAGUGCAUUUUCGGGGUCACGGAGCUCGAAAUUUCAGGAUUCAAGUUUAUCCCCAAUCUGUCAACGAGAACCGAGCCUUUGCGUAAAUUUAUCCGUGGAGACGUCGGGUUAUUCGGUGAAGAUCAAAAACGAGCUUUUGACGAUUUAAGGCUCGAGUUAUCCAACAACGUACGCAAGUUGGGAUUUUUCGAUCCGAAUGAUACCACCUAG